AAGAAGAAUAUUUUCACCCGAGUGCGGCGCACUUCCUGGGGGCUUGGUGCACGCAACAGAGAGCUGACAGUCAGGUUAUCAUAAAAUGGCUAACGCUACGCUCCAGUCGUUCAAUGUCUUUCUCACGGAGAGGUUAACCGCAGCUGCAGUGGACAUCUACGGGUUCGUGGAGAAGACCAUCGUGGACUACCAGGAUGAAGUGUACCAAACCAAGCUGGAGAACCAGAGGCUGCAGAGGCUGCUGGAUCUGGUCUACAAGCCGGAGAUAAGGCUGCACAGAACAGAUACCAAACAGCCAACUACACUGCCACCUUCUGAGGAGACACUACCCAGACAGCCGGAGUGGAUCCUCGGGGUGUGCCAGGAUGAACCGGGACCCUCCCAGAUUAAAGAGGAGGAAGAGCAGCAGAAAGAGGAACUGUGGAUCAACGGGAUCAACGAGCCACCUUCAGCAGACGAGAGCGAUGACGGCGACGCCUUGACGAAAGAACUCAUAAAAACGGUGCAACAGUUAGAAGACUGCAGAGCCGCAGAGGAGGGCAGAGAGUCAGAGCCGGCCCCUGCAGAGGGUCCAGAACCCUCUCAAGAGAAGACCAGCACCACCUUGUACCGCUGCCACAUAUGCAACUACAUAUUCACCAAGAAAAGUGUGCUUACCUGGCACCUCAAGACGCACGAAAGCAAGUCACAUGACAGCAAGGGGAACUUUGACUGUCACAUAUGUGGCAAACACAUACCCUGUCAGAGCAAUCUGCAGAACCACAUGAGAGUGCACACCGGAGAGAGACCCUACAGCUGCCAUUUCUGUGGCAAGUGUUUUAAACUGAAAGGACACAUGACGGAACAUAUAAGAACUCACACAGGAGAGAAGCCUUUCAGCUGUCACAUCUGUGACAAAUCCUUCAACAGAGGUUCGACUUUGAGAAAACACGUUUUAGCCAAACAUAAAGAAGAGAGACCGUACAAAUGUGGGGAUUGUGACGAGUUAUUUACAGAGAGGCUGCUGAUGAAGAGGCACAUGCGGAAAGUACACGGAGUCAAACUGUCCACGAGUCAAAGUCCUGCAGAGCAGACGCAAUGAUGUUGCAUGUUGCGUACAGUCCAGAGUCAUAACGACUAAGGCUACAUAUCUUUUCAAAUGUUUGGAUACUAGCUCCAUGAAGUUUGGUCCCAAUACCAGAACCUUUUUUUCAAAGUUUGGCUUUUUUGAAUUGCAAUUGCGGUACACUACAGAUUCCGUUUUUGUUCUUGAAGCAAAUUUCAAUGUUGUCUAAUAUAUAGCCAUACAAGAACUUUAGGAAAGCUCUUUCGCUUUCUUGCCAAAAGUUAGUUGAGUAGAUGUAAGGAGGUGAAAGCUUAGCAUAAAAACUGAGAGCAGAUUAGCCUGGUUCCAUUUCAAAGAUCAAAAAUACACCUUGUUUAAAAAAUAAUGUAUUCCAUCAAGGUAUAAAAUAUAUUUAUUAUAUUACAACAUAUUUAAAAGAUAGCGUUAGAGGUGCUGAUUGGUGUAUUAUUGAACCUUUGACAGACCCAAGCUAGCUGUAUAGUUUCAUUCAUUCCUAAUGCUAAGCUAGGCUAACAGUUACCUGGCUCUAGCUCCAAUAAAUGCACACACACAGAGGCCCAUUAGAUAAAGAAAUACAAACAUAUACAGACAACGUAGGGCUGACUGUAUUCUACAGAGUCCCAAUGAGUCUUCAUGCUUCAGAACACUGGAGGACUUCAAGUGCUGCCUGUCUGAAGUUGUUCAUUACUAAACUUCAUAUGUGCUGAUCAUUAAGAUACUAUUUUCCAUUUCUUCUGUUUUCAUUACCUCUCGUAAUCAUUAAUAUGAACCUUAAGAAUUGUAUUGUGUGGCAUAAAAAAAAGAUAAAACUGAUAACCGAUCAACCAUUUAAAUUCAAUUGUGCAUCAGAAUAACAUUCACAAUGGUUGUACCUUAUCUGUUAACUCGUGACAUAGUGUCUAUGUUGUACUGUAAAGUUGUUUUCUAUAUUUAUUGAUAUUGUAUAUUAUUAUUUUUAUUUGUAUUUGCCACAGUCCAGUUCAGUAUUAUGGCGUGUUGUAAAACCAGCUACAUGAACGUGAAAUGUAAAGCUUAAAAGAAACAGUCAGUUGUUAAAGUAUGGCAAAAACUGUAUCACUUGCAUUGUGUUUCCUUUUCUGUGUCACAUAUAAGUGAAAUGUAGCUGUUCAGGAGUAAAACUAGUUUUAGAAAUAAUUGCAUACAUACAACUGCUUUGGAUAAUUAGAGUCAGAUGUAUUGAAGAUGAUCUCAUCAGCUGUAACAACUGUAAGCAAACACUGUGUGUGAGUAGGGAGGAAGACCAAGCGGCAGCCAGCACUCUCAUCUGUAAGCAUCAUGCAAAUGAUUUUGAAAGAUAAGAAGGAAAACUACGUCCUGUAAGAGGGUAUACUAUUCUAAAUCUAAUAUGUUCUUACCCCUACCUGCAGAGGCAAUGCUGCUCUGUUGCCCGGACAGAGAUCAGACUCUGGAUUUUAAUUCUCUCAUCUCAGUCACCAAAGGAGACCGCUCAAAUGACAGCGCGUGUCUGCUUCAAAUGUCUGAGUGCAGGAGAGACUCAGGUUCUCUCUCUCUCUCUCUCUCAGUAGAUGCGGCAAAAUAAAGUGUGUGUGUGUGUGUGUGUGUGUGGUUGUGUGUUUUUAUGUGUGUCUUUGUUUGCAUGAAUGGAGCCUGGUUUGUCCCUAGCUGUCAAAGAUUGCAUAAUACAAACCCCAAAGUGGUACGAGUGGUUCUGCUGCAUUUCAGACAAGAUUCUAUGGAUCAAAGAAAAAAAGUGUACUAUUACUUCUGUAACUUUAUUUACUGUACACGUUACAUAAAUGACUAAGGUAAGGUUUACCAUACUAAUUAUUGUUGAUACAAUAUACUGUAGAAAGAUGUUUUCUUUUUUGUAGGAAUAAUAUUACUUUGUUAUUUUGGACUUCAAG